UAAACAGUUUGAUGACUGGUCCGGUUUUCAGAACCUUGCUCUUGACACAACCAACGGUGGAGCCACGAUUAAGGGAAGGGGUAUAUCCAAACCAAAAACCAAAACCAUAAUCCUCUUUAAGUUCCAACGUUAAUGUCAUCCAUAAACAUGAACAUACCGCUGAUGCACCCCAAAACCAGCACACCUCAUCAUUCACAGUUGCUCCUCACACAAAUCAGGACAUGCCAAAGCAUGCAAGAAUUGAAGCAAGUGCAUGCCUUUCUCAUCAAAACAGCACAAAACCAUGAACCUGUUGUGGCAACAGAGCUUCUCAGGCACUCUGCAACCUCUGAUUUUCGUGAUAUUGACUAUGCCCUCUCGUUGUUUGAUGAAAUGCCUGAACCAGAUUGCUUUGCCUGGAACACGUUGAUAAGAGCACUUGCUGAAACCCAUGAUAGGCUACUGCAUGCCUUGCUGUUUUUCUGCAAUAUGGUGUCUGAUGGGAUGGUGGAACCCAACAGGUUCACCUUCCCUUCUGUGUUGAAGGCUUGUUCAGUGUUGACCAGGUUGGAGGAAGGGAAGCAGGUUCAUGGUUUGGUUGUGAAGUUUGGAUUUUCUGGUGAUGAGUUUGUGGUUAGCAAUCUGCUAAGGAUGUAUGUGAUGUGCGGGAAUAUGGAGGAUUCCCAUGUUUUGUUUCGCAGGAGUGUUGAUGGUGUUGAUUAUAUGAACAAAGUGAUGAGGGAUAAGAGGAGGGAGGAGGGUAUUGUGGUUCUGUGCAAUGUGAUGGUUGAUGGGUAUGUGAGAGUUGGGAACCUUACGGUUGCUAGGGAGUUGUUUGACAGGAUGCAUAAAAGGAGUGUGGUUUCUUGGAAUGCAAUGAUUUCCGGCUAUGCACAAAAUGGGUAUUUUUUGGAGGCCAUAGAAUUGUUUCAUAGGAUGCAGAUGGAGGAUUUGCUCCCGAACCGGGUGACUUUGGUCAGCGUGUUGCCUGCAAUUUCACGGCUCGGGGCCAUUGAACUGGGGAAAUGGGUGCAUUUGUAUGCAGAGAGGAACAAGAUUAAGAUUGAUGACGCUCUUGGCUCUGCAUUAGUUGAUAUGUAUGCAAAGUGUGGGAGCAUUGGGAAGGCUGUUCAGGUCUUUGAGAGGCUGCCUAAGAGUAAUGUGAUAACAUGGAAUGCUAUACUCAGUGGUCUAGCCAUGCAUGGUAAAGCCAAGGACGUGUUUGAUUUUUUUGCGAGGAUGGAAAGAAGUGGCAUAUCCCCUAGUGAUGUAACAUACAUAGCCAUCUUGAGUGCUUGUAGCCAUGCAGGGUUAGUAGACAAGGGUAGAUCAUAUUUCAAUCAUAUGGUUAAUGUGGGGUUUGUGCCUCGGAUAGAGCACUAUGGAUGCAUGGUUGAUCUCUUGGGACGUGUUGGAUAUCUAGAAGAAGCCAAAGAACUUAUAUUGAACAUGCCAAUAAAAUCAGAUGAUGUCAUAUGGAAGGCUUUACUUGGUGCUUGUACGGUACAUAAGAAUGUUGAAAUUGGAAGGCGUGCAGCAGAGGUUUUAAUGCAAGUGGCUCCACACGAUAGUGGGGCAUAUGUGGCUAUCUCGAACAUAUAUGCCUCAUCUGGUGAUUGGGAUGCAGUUGCAGAGGUGAGGUUGAUGAUGAAAGACUUGGACAUAAGGAAAGACCCUGGAUGCAGUUGGAUCGAGAUUGAUGGUGUUAUUCAUGAGUUUCUUGUUGAAGAUGUUUCCCAUCCUAGUGCCAAAGAAAUACACUCAAUGUUGGAGGAAAUUUCGAACAAAUUAAAUUUUGAAGGUUAUAGGCCAGAUACCACACAAGUUUUGCUUAAGAUGGACGAGACACAUAAAGAAAGUGUGCUGCAUUACCACAGUGAGAAGAUUGCAGUUGCCUUUGGCUUAAUUAGUACAACACCAAAGACCCCACUUCAGAUUGUGAAAAACUUGCGAAUUUGUGAAGAUUGUCAUUCCUCCAUGAAAUUAAUAUCAAAGAUUUACAAUCGCAAGAUAACUAUCAGGGACAGGAAGCGGUUUCACCAUUUUGAGCAUGGUUCAUGUUCUUGUAUGGACUACUGGUAGUUGGUCAUUCUAUGGUGACUGCAACUAUAGGUUUUCGAUUGUUCUAACUGUUACUAACCUCCUUUGAGUGUCUUUGAAAAGCAAAGCCUUUGUAUUGGUGAGUAUAGUUGCUAGAAUUUGUACAUCAAAAAAUCCUUUUUAUUGUCCAUAAAGUAGAUGCCUUUUGCACAUAACUUGCUCAGACUGAUGUAAUCUCAAAUAUAUAAACCUCCCAAGUACUAGAGUUACUUUUUGUUUUUCAAAAUUUAGUUGGCAUUUACUGUAUAAAAUUUUUCUUAAGUUACAUGUAAACAAAUGAUCAUUACGGUCAUGUGAAUGUGCCUUAAAAGUGACUUUGAGAGAACUUUUGUCAUAACUGAGCUGUUUUCAAGUACAUUCUUUUGCAGAGAUUAAUAAUUUUGGAGGAGAGGUUUUCCAAUCAGCAUCGAAGGUAAUUUCCUUAGAACCGCUUUUGAGAGGGGAACACACCUCAAGGUUCCCAUCCAAGCUGCAGCUCUACCAUUUUUGUCACACCGGUAGUCUGUAGCUCCAAUCACUGCUCAUGCAUAAUGUUCCUUAUUCAUAAAACACUGAAACAAACACCUUCCCUUGAUGAAAUGCCAAACCAUCUUACUCACUCCAUUACUUAAACUAUUCCAUCCAUAAGAUAAAUCCUAAUACCUUAGUAUUAUGGGUAAGAGCAAGUAUAGUCUUUAUUCUUAUUAGUUUCCAAGAUAAAUCCUAGUUCAAAAUUCAAUCUAAAAAACCAUGACUCCAAUGCAUUUGAUUUACAGCUGCUUGCACAACCCUUAUCAUGGCUCACUUCAACCAAGUUCCAUUGGCUGCUGGAGAUUCCAUUGCCAUUUUCUCUUCAUUGAAUAUAAGAGCCGCUAUUUUAAGCAGGAACAGCAGCAAGAAGCUUCCUAUCACAUAUAAGUCCCCAUUCAGCUACCGUGGAGCUUCUAUCUCCACCAACCCAUUCCCAGCUCCCAGGCACCAAACCACAAACAGAACUGCCACGGCCGUCAGCGCAGUACACCCCA